AUGAAGGGCUCGAAGUGGUGGAGAGGGUCCUCGUUGAAGAAGAUGGCUUCAGACUUCAGCGCAAAGGAGAAGGAGAAGAUGGCUGAGGCAGAGCUCAGGAAGCUGCAGCAGCGGUUCCAGAUACUGGCGGAAAGCAGGAAAUCUUUUGGAGCCAACCUGAAGCACCAAAUAUGCAUCCAGGAGAAAGAAAUAAAUUCACUGAAGCAAGAACACAAAGAGAUGUCACUAAUGCUGAGCCAUAUCAAGUCCCCAAGAAAUGUGAUGCUGGAUGACAGAAAUCGUGCGGAGUUUAAAUUCCUUUUGCAGACCAGAGAUCACUAUGAUGCUUUGAUCAGAGCCAGAAAAGACAUGUUAGCUGACCUGGACAAAAAGAUAAUGGAAAUGGAAAAAAAGAUCGCAAGACAAAACCUGAUAGCGGUGAAGGUGAAGCAAGCAAAUAGCGGCAAAUGGCUGCAAAAGCAGAUUCAGACACUGGAGAUGCGUCUAAAUCACGUCACUGUGCAUUUCGACACCAUCCUGACCACCAACAGCAAGCUCCGAAGAGAGGUUGAAAACUUGCGAAUCCAGAAAGCCAUUCUGGACAACUUCUCCUCCAACCUUAACAAGAGGCUGGAUCAACAGAACAGAAGGAUGAACACUGUCAUCGAGCGGUCCACACAAGCCUACGAGCAGCGGGCGGAGGCCCUGGCAAGGACUUCUGCCAUGAAGGAAAGGCACUGCAAAGACACCGUGCAGUACAACAUCGAGCUGCAGGAGCGCGAGCGUAUUCUGGAGCAGGAGACCAAGCUGAAAAACUUCAUGCUCAUCAAAUUUAUGGAUCGCUCUGAAUUGGAGGAAAAGGCGAAAAAAGAAGAAGCCCUCAAGGCCGUGCGACGGGCCAAGCGGCGGCGGGGCGAGAGCUUCGAGAGCCGCGAGGUGGCCUACAGGCGCCUGCUGGAGCUGGCCGAGAACGGGGACAUCGACCAGCUCGUGAAGGGCUUCAUCGAAAAGGAGGAGAAGAAUUUCGCCUAUUUCAGCUACGCCACCGAGCUGAACAACGAGAUGGAGAGGCUGCAGAGGAAGAUCAAGGACCUCCAGAGCGAAAUUACGCUCCUUGAGACGGACCAGGAAAACGCAGAGAACAGUGACCUUCACGUCCUGAAGGAGCUGGAGGAAAAGCUGAGGAAAACCACUGAGGAAGCCAACCAGUACGAGAAGAGCUGCAAAGAGAGCAGCAAAACCCUUGGCCAGCUCAAAUCUGCUGUGGAGUUCCUGUUCAAAGAGAUGAACUGCGAUGCCACAAAGAUAAAGGAGCAGCUGGGCGAGACGGGGGAGAUCACGGAUCUGAACCUGCGGCAGUUCUUCGAUAUCAUAGAGAAGAAGACCAACGAGCUGCUGCUGCUGGCGUCGCUGCUGCGCUACGCGGAGGCGGAGGCCGAGGGCGAGCAGUACGCGCUGCCCUUCACCAACCCGCUCCUGGGCGGCACCGGGCUCGUCCGCACCAUGGAGCGCGCCCGCCACCCGGCCAACCCGCAACAGCCGCCUCGCCCCCCUGGCCAAUCCCCGCCUGCCGCCUGUCCUGGCAUGGCCAGCCCCGCCCCGAUGGUUGAGGAGCCGCUGGAGCACGGGCGCCUGCGCGAGCUGAUUCUUGAGAGCCAAGAGGAGCAGAACAACGCUGGGGACAAGGGCAGGAAGGCCAAGGGUGACGCCAGUGCGUGA